AUGGUAGACAAUCAGCCACUACCAGGUGCUCAAAAAAUGUGGUACUUGAAAUCACAUGUGACAGGUGAAGCUGAAAAAUUGAUAAGUCAUUUCAGCAUAACGGAGGACAAUUAUUCGGCAGCUUGGACAUUACUGCAAGACCGUUAUAAUAAUAAAAGGGUCUUGGCGUCCACGUUAAUCGAUGAACUUCUAAAUCAGCCAUCAUUCACAUCAACUGUGGCAGCAGUUAAAAAUUUACAUGACACAACGAAAGAGUGUCUAUUAGCACUAAACCAUCUUGGCGUUCAAACGACUUUUUGGGACCCAAUUUUGUUACAAGUACUAAUUAAAAAACUCGAUCAGGCGAUGCUCAUUAGAUAUGAGCAAUCUCUGGCAAAACCAAAAGAGAUACAAAACAUUCAGGAGUUUUUAGCCUUUUUAGAACUACAGUUCCAACUGAUGGAAGUUGUAGAACAAAAAGAUAAGGUGGCUAUAAAAAUUAAAGCAAAUCGAAAUAACUCAGUGUCAUCGGCUGUAACAGUUUCUAAAGGAAACAACAAUUGCAAACUGUGCAAUGUAGACAGGCACCCACUGUAUCAUUGCCGUAAAUUCUUGCAAUUUUCACCAUCUCAACGAUUGGAUUGGGUGAAAAAUCAACAGCUCUGUUUUAACUGUUUCAGAAAUGAUCAUGUGGUGAACAAAUGUUCAUCAAGAAGUUGUACCAAAUGUAAUAAAAAGCAUAACACGUUGCUACAUUUGGAAGUUAACAACCAAACAAAACAGAACAUUCAACCUAGCUCAAGUGGGUACAACACCGCAGUUACCACAGCGACAGCGAAUACAUCCACAGGUCAUCGUCUCUGA